GAAAGGUUUUCAUCUGUUUCUGGCAAACAUGAAGUCACAUCUUUGGUAUUUCUUUCUUUUCUGCUUCCAAGUUGAAGUUCUAACAGCACCAAGCACUUGCCAUGCAGGAGGUACUGUGCUAGCUGCUAUACGUACAAUGAUGAGCAAAACCAGGAGAAAUCAAUGAUUCUGCCAAGUCUGAAAUGUUUGCAUUUCACGAUGGAGGUGUACAAGUUUUAUGCAAAUACAAUGAGAGUGUCCAGCAAUUUAAAAUGCAGUUGCUGAAAGGGGAGCAAAUACUCUGUGAUCUCACUAAAACAAAGGAAAAUGAAAAUACGGUGUCCAUUCAGCAUCUGAAGUUCUGUCAAUCUCAGUUAUCCAGUAAUAGUGUCUCUUUUUUUCUGAAUAACUUGGACAGUUCUCAUGCCAGCUAUUACUUAUGCAAACUGUCAAUUUUUGAACCCCCUCCUUUUCAGGAGAUUAUGAGCAAAGAGUAUUUGCAUAUUUACGAGUCACAGUUUUGUUGCCAGCUGAAGUUCUGGUUACCCAUAGGAUGUGCAGCUUUUGCUGUAGUCUACAUUGUUGGAUGCGUAUUUUUAUGUUGGCUUAAACAAAAGAAGCAUCGACCCAGCGUUCAUGACCCUAACAGUGAAUACAUGUUCAUGGCGGCAGUGAACACAGCUAAAAAGCCUGGAUUCACAGAUGUUACUCGUAACUUGGAACUCCCUAGCAUCCAGGCGUGAACCAGGCUGGCCAAUUCCCUUCUACUUGAAGGGCGAGAUUUCCUCAUUUCCUGGACCGUGGAGAGUCUGACAUGAUUUGACUAUGUAUAUCUUCUGCUGGUGUUUUGUUCAACCUGGACCAGUGACUAUAUCAGUCAACAGGGAUUUUAACAGCCUGCCUCGGUACCAUUGAGUUCUUUCAAAACAAACACCCUCUUGCAACUAGCUUUAUGGAAAGCCCAGCUCAUGUGUGUGUGCUUAAAAACCAGACCUCGCUGGAAUGGAAUCCUGUCUUCACAUCUGCUUCUAGCAAUGCAGCCAGUAAAACAAACACAUCUACAAAAUUUUUUAAAAGAUGCCAAGGGUACUGAAUCUGCAAAGCAAAUAGGCAGCCAAGGGCCAGCAUCUGUCUGCAUUUCACCAACAGACUACCUCUUCUUGUAGGAUGGGCAUUGCUUUUUCUCAUCAGACAGUAGAAGGAGAUGCUUCAAAACUGUUGCUAUCUUAUUUCUGAGGUACAAAUGUUUAAUUAUAGUGUAUAAACACAUUAGUACACAGCACUCUUUUCCAACUUCUGAACCCCAGCCUACCACUCCACCACUCCACCAAGAGUUUACAUGCCUUCUGCCCUCAAUUUUCCUUUUAAAAAUACUUCUACAUGAUUACUUGACAGAUACUCUGAGUAGGGAGCUAUGUCUAUAUAUUUUUUCUCUGCUGCUCAAUAAAAUAUAUACAGAGGGUUCCAAAAAACAUGUAUAUA